UGUGGAAAUGCGGAGGAACAUGUGGAACAAGCCGUGGUCCAAUCCCAGCCAAGAUAACGGGGGCAAAGAAAGCACUGCACAACAACUCCCUUCUCCCUGCCUUCCUCCUUGCCAGAAAGAGAGGAGAUAGAAAGAAACAGAGGAGGCCAUUCCUCUCUUCUCCACCACCUACUCUCUCUCUUGUCUCCCUUCCCUCUCCCCUGAGAGGAUCGCAGCCAGCCAACCAUGGACACGCAGCGCACACAUCUCGCAAUUUUCACUGCACACAAAUAAGAGAGGAACAGGAGGGGGCCAGAGGGAGCAUUCGUCAAGGACUGCAGUGCCUGCCUGUUUCUUGCUGCUUCUUGGCCUCCCCUUGCCAUGUCCAUGGAUGAAGGCUACGGCCCUACCUGGGACAGCGACGACGAAUACGACAACUUCAUACGCAAGAUGAACCCACCAAGGAUUGUUGUCGAUAACGAUUCUUGCGCGGAUGCGACGAUUGUCAGGGUAGAUAGUGCAAAUGAAUAUGGGAUACUACUAGAAGUGAUCCAAGUCCUGAUUGAUCUGAACCUUGCGAUAAGUAAGGCGUAUAUAACCUCAGAUGGUGGAUGGUUCAUGGAUGUCUUCAAUGUAACUGACAAGGAAGGGAAGAAGCUCCAAGAUAAGACAACCAUUGCACAAAUCGAAGACUAUGUUAGAAAGUCCUUGGGUGCAGAUUCAAGGUACAUACCUUCGCGGCGGAGAUCGGUAGGCGUUGCCGCUGCAGCUGACCACAAUGUCAUCGAGUUGACAGGGACAGACCGGCCAGGCCUUCUCUCUGAAGUCAGCGCGGUGCUGGCCAGCCUCAAGUGCAACGUGGUCAGCGCUGAGGUCUGGACCCAUAACAUCAGAGCUGCAGCCGUGAUGCAGGUCAAUGAUGAGGACACAGGGUUGGCAAUCACAGACACCGAGAGGCUGGAGAGGAUCAAGGAGAGGCUGUCUUACCUGCUCCGAGGAAGCAAUCUUUCCCGGGGAGCUGCCAUGGCGGUGUCGUCAGGGACUGCCGCCACGCAUAUCGAGAGAAGACUGCACCAGAUGAUGCUUGAUGAUGGCGACUGUGAACAGCUCCAACAGCGUGCUCCGGAUCAGUUUCAAAGGUCUAAUGUCACCGUAAGGAAUUGGAACGACAAGGACUACUCGGUGGUGACCAUCCGGUGCAAGGACAGGCCCAAACUUCUGUUUGAUACGGUUUGCACUCUGACAGACCUGCACUAUGUUGUUUUCCACGCGAACAUUGAUGCCAAGGAAAAUCAAUCUUACCAGGAAUUCUAUGUAAGGCAUGUGAAUGGAUCACCGAUGAACACUGAAACUGAGAGAUUGCAAGUCAUCCAGUGCCUUGAAGCAGCUAUUGAACGGAGGGUAUCUGAGGGUGUCAAACUCGAGCUGUGCACUAAGGACAAAGUUGGCCUACUAUCCGAGGUGACCCGCAUCUUUCGCGAGAACAGUCUGACCGUCACAAGAGCGGAGGUAAGCACGAGAGGCAGGAUGGCUGUCAACAUGUUCUACGUUCGGGGUUCUGCAGGAGAGCCAGUAGAUCAGAAGACGAUAGACUCCAUCAGGCAAGCCAUAGGCCAGAACAUUCAGGUGAAAGGCCAGCCUGAGUCACCAGAACCACAGAAGAAAGAGUCCCCCACAUGGUUCCUCUUCACGAACUUGUUUCGGCCGAGGUCUCUCUACAGUUUCGGGUUGUUCAUGCGUUGAUCGCCCUGUAAAUUCAAUAUACUUUAAGUGAUCCAAGAAAAUUAGGGAUCAGAAACAGCCUUCAUUCUAUUGCUGUGGUGCAGGAUUCGGAUAUAGCUAGCAUAUGGGGAUGUUUUAUAUCAUCAUCAUCUGUAAAUAUACUGAUUUCGCCAUCCUCACUUUGUACAUAUGAUGUAGAUAAAGGAUGUAAAUAUAAACUGUACAAAAUAUGAUUAAAUCCCAGAUU